AUGGGGGGCUCGCGCACGUCUGAACCAACGCAUGAUCGAGAGGGAGAGCGGGGCAUGAUGGGUGUCAUUGUAGAGCGACGCCAAGCUUUCUCCCAGGCUGAGCGAUACGCAUUGUCAAGUGCUUAUACUCGGUACCGCAUCCGUUUAACCGUGCAACCUCGACGUUUCACGGGCGGAAGGGCAGAGCUCGAGAAAUAUUGCAGCUUCGGGUUUUAUCCGACCUUUGAGCUCGCGCCAUGGCUCGGGGGCGACGUGGUGCAAGCAAGUCUGCGGACGACUACGACGACUACGAGUACUAUAGUUACUACAGCGAGUCUCGUUCGCCCACCCCUCGACAUCGCGGGCGACGUGGCCGCGACCGCGGUGGACGUAGGCGCCGUGACCGCAGCCGGUCCCGGGGUCGUCGGGACCGCCGCCACGACAAGCGAGGCCGCAGUCGUGAGAGGCGGCCUCCUGGACGUCCUCAUUUUGAAGACCGUGGCCGGAUGGGUGGAGGCGGACGCGAUGCCAAGCCUGGAUCCCAGCGCGUGUUGA